GCUGGGCGGUCUCCGGGGGCGCGGUCCCAGCGGGCAGUGGCUCGGGUCUGGCGGCGCUGGGCCUUCCGGCUUCGACUGCAGGUCAGGGCCGCUGCCCCGUUAGCCAUGGCGCUGCGCGUGGCCGUGUUCGACCUUGAUGGGGUGCUGGCUCUGCCCUCGGCCGCGGGCGCCCUCAGCCGCGCGGAGGAAGCCCUGGCGCUGCCCAGAGACUUUCUGAAUGAUGCCUUCCUGAAGGAAGGCAUGAAUGGUUCCAGCGCCCGCCUCAUGAGAGGAGAGAUCACAUUUUCCCAGUGGGUGCCACUCAUGGAAGAAAACUGCAGGAAACGCUCCGAAGCCUCUGGAAUCCGCCUCCCUGAGGAUUUCUCCAUACACCAGAUCUUUGACAAGGCGAUCUCAGCAAGAAGCAUCAACCGCCCCAUGCUUCAGGCAGUGCUGGCUCUCAGGAAGAAGGGCUUUAAAACCUGCAUGCUCACCAACAACUGGCUGGAUGACAGAGCUAAGAGAGGUGACCUGGCCCAGAUGAUGUGUGAGCUGAGCCCGCACUUCGACCUCCUGGUAGAGUCCUGCCAGGUCGGCAUGGUCAAGCCUGAGCCUCAGAUCUACAAGCUUGUCCUGGACACCCUGAAGGCCAGUCCCAGUGAGGUUGUUUUGCUAGAUGACUUCGGAUCUAAUCUGAAGCCGGCUCGGGACUUGGGAAUGGUCACCAUCCUCGCCCGAGACACAGCGGCGGCCCUGAAGGAGCUGGAGAAAGUAACAAGGGUGCAGCUUCUCCAAACUCCGGCCCCUCUGCCAGUCUCCUGCAGCCCCAGUGACAUGAGCCAUGGCUAUGUGACCAUAAAGCCUGGGGUCCGUCUGCACUUCGUGGAGCUGGGCUCUGGCCCUGUUGUGUGCCUCUGCCAUGGGUUUCCUGAGAGUUGGUUCUCUUGGAGGUACCAGAUCCCUGCUCUGGCCCAGGCGGGCUACCGGGUCCUAGCGAUGGACAUGAAAGGCUAUGGCGACUCGUCCUCCCCUCCCGAAAUAGAAGAAUAUGCCAUGGAAGUGCUCUGUAAGGAGAUGGUGACCUUCCUGGAUAAGUUGGGCAUCCCUCAGGCGGUGUUUAUUGGCCACGACUGGGCAGGCGUUCUGGUGUGGAACAUGGCCCUCUUCUACCCCGAGCGAGUGAGGGCAGUGGCCAGUCUGAACACUCCCUUCAUCCCAGCAAAUCCCAAGGUGCACCCCAUGGAGGCCAUCAAAGCCAAUCCGGUGUUUGAUUACCAACUCUACUUCCAAGAACCAGGAGUGGCGGAGGCUGAGCUGGAACAGAACCUGAGUCGGACUUUCAAAUCCUUCUUCAGAGCCUCUGAUGAGGGUUUUCUCAGUGUGCAUAAAGUCACUGAAAUGGGAGGGCUCUUUGUGAAGACCCCAGAGGAUCCCGGCCUCAGCAAGAUGGUCACCGAGGAGGAGAUUCAGUUCUAUGUGCAGCAGUUCAAGAAGUCUGGCUUCAGAGGCCCCCUGAACUGGUAUCGCAAUAUGGAACGGAACUGGAAGUGGGGCUGCAGAGGUGUGGGACGGAAGAUCCUGAUCCCGGCCCUGAUGGUGACGGCAGAGAAAGAUGUCGUACUUGUUCCUGAGAUGUCCAAGCACAUGGAGGACCGGAUUCCCCACCUGAAAAGAGGGCACAUUAAGAACUGUGGACACUGGACACAGAUGGAGAAGCCCGCUGAGGUGAAUCAGAUCCUCAUUGAUUGGCUAGAGGCUGAAGUCAAGAACUCGACCCUCCUCUCGAAGAUUUAGCCUGUGGCAAGUCCAAGUCCUCUGGCCUGGUCAUCCAGGGAAGGCUUGGUGUCCAGAGGUGGCAUCACACACAUCUCUUAGACCCAGCGCUUUGAUCUGAAGACAUUGUCCAAAAAGUGAUUUUCUCUAAAGUGAAGUCAAUUGAGUUUGCAAAUCAUAAAUGCAGGAGAGAGCGCAUGUUAAUUCCCUGGGUGUGAUCACACUGAUGGCUAAUGUCAAUGGCAACAUGACAGGAGUAAGCAGAGGCUAGAGGGGAAGGUGGGAGGGGAUUAAAAUGGCCCAUGUCCUGUGGGGACACGGUGAGGUGAUCUUGUGGUGAUUUCUCUUUGACAGUUCAUAGUUCUGCAGGAAAAUCUGCAGUUCCUUUGGAAACAUCGCAGCAGAGAAUAGGAUCCCUUAAUCAAUAAAGCAAAAAUGGCUGUGUCUCUGUGUUGUAGUCACUUUCUGAUCACCAGGACACAAUACCCAACCGCAGCAACUCAAAGAAACAGAGGGUUUUUUUGGCUCCAUUUGUAGAGGUUUCAACCCAUAGUCCUCUGGCUCUAGGGCAGGUCAGCAAGUUAGCACAGCAAAUCAGCUAUGAGCCAGAUAUUCCAACGACCUUCCAAAGCCCCAGCUAGGACGACAUGAGGCUGGGGGGCACCUCUAUAGAAGCAACACUCUGAUCUUUGUGCUCUUGAGAAGGUAGAGUGGGUACUUGUUGGAAGGAGGUCUUGCAUCGGGAUGGACAGACACUUUCCCUCUGCUCUUGGGCCUUGCUGUGGUCUCCAGGUGCCUUGUGAGCCAGGCCAGCGCUGUCUGGGAACCUGUGGGGAAGAGGCAAUGGUCUGCAGUCCUGAGCCCCAGUACCCAUGUGCCUUUCCUCCCUGGUUCCCUAGUGGGUACCAGUGAAGACCCGAAGCACUUGCACUGUGCUACCGAGACUGUGGAUUUAAAUUUCAUUUAAGUUUAAUUUAAAUUUAAAUUUACAGCUCCCCAUUUGGUCAGCAACCACCACAGGGUUCAGUGCUGCUCUCCUCCUCCAGCUUCUUUCUCUUGUCAUGUUCAAAUACAGAGGGACCCAAUUUCCUAGUUUUGUCCCCUACACCGGUCUGUCCUCUGCCCCGCUUUGAACACCAGCGUCCUGAUGCAGCAGCCUCCUAACUGCCCCCUGCCGCGCAAACACAGAAUCUGAUCCUGAACACUGGAGGUCACAGCCUCUGGAUAUAAAGCCUUCCUGCUGGACUGAGCCCGGCCCCUACUCCCGCCACCCCAGCCUGGCCAUGACCCCAUGAUUCUCACACAUCCUUCAGCGCCGCCAUUUUGAAUCCUGCACAUUCCACCUUGGCUGUCCCGACCCUCCACCCAAGCUCUGCAUUCUGCAGUCUAGCGUCUGCCAGCUGUUCCCCCAACCAAGUCCCAGGCUGGGUCCUGAGACCUUUCCACCUACUGCUCUAGCACAGUACACUCACAGAUGUCUGCACGCCACCCUUGGUCUAUCCUGUGUAGGGAAGUGCUGCAGAGCGUGUGGACUCCCCAGGCAAGUUCUGAAUAAAGAUGAGUAUAAGCUG